CAUCCCAAUAAGCAUUAGUACUAGUGUAAUAAAUAAACUAAACAUAACGAGAAGAACACCAACAAUCUCUCUCGCUUACUGGUUCGUGGUUUUUCCUUCAAUUCCGGUCAAAAUUCUUCCCCUUUUGUCAUCCGGAAUAUCUAAUUCGACUUGAGUUGCUGAAUUGAUCAUUUCAAAAAAGGUGGGUUGGUUUAAUUGGAGCAUUUAACGAGGAAUAUAUAAAUAUAGCUGACGAGUUUUGCAGAAAUGGCGGCUAUAGCUGGCCCGGAGAUACAUGGCUUCCGAACCAUGAAAGACUUAGAUAUUGGCAACAUACUGGAGGAGGCCAAGGGAAGAUGGCUUCGGCCAAAUGAGAUUCAUGCUAUACUCUGCAACUACAAGCACUUUAAUGUACAAGUCAAGCCAGUCAACUUGCCUCCAAGUGGCACAAUUGUGUUAUUUGAUCGGAAGAUGCUUAGGAAUUUUCGGAAGGAUGGUCAUAGUUGGAAGAAAAAAAAGGAUGGGAAAACUGUCAAAGAAGCACAUGAACACUUGAAAGUUGGUAACGAGGAGAGGAUUCAUGUAUACUAUGCACAUGGAGAAGAUAACCCAACAUUUGUUCGAAGAUGCUAUUGGCUACUUGACAAGUCACUGGAACACGUAGUCCUCGUUCAUUAUCGUGAAACUCAGGAGGGUUCUCCAUCAACGCCAUUGAAUUCAAAUUCUAGUUCCGCUCUUUCUGAUCCAUCUCAAUCUUUGGUCAUAUCAGAAGAAUCUGAUUCAGCAGCAGACCGGGCAUAUUACUCUAGAGAGAGAGCAGAUUUAGAUCCUAAUUGUAGUGUGAACAUAAAAGAUCAUGAAUUGAGGCUUCAUGAGAUUAACACACUGGAAUGGGAUGAGCUUCUUGUGCAAGAUGACCCCAACAAGCUAAUUGGACCUCAAGAAGGAAAAUAUUCAUCCGAGCUAUCUUAUCAGUACGACAUGAAUGGUUAUGGAAUUACUGGUGACUCCAUCUCAGAUAACAAAUUGCCUGUAGAGAGUUAUUUGGAAAAAUUCCCCGGGCAAGUUUCAAUGAACAAUUCUGGUAACCUUAAUGUUCCAGCCAAUUUAUGCUUUCAAACAAUGGGAGCUCCAACUGCAAACUUACUACUGAAGGAUUCGGAACAGAUGACAUUGUUUGCUGGUGAUUCCUUAGAACAUGCCAGCAAGGAUGGUCUGCAAACUCAGGACAGUUUUGGGAAGUGGAUUAGUAAUGUUAUUGCUGAUUCUCCUUUGCCGUUGGAUGACACAAAGAUAUUCAACAUAACUGAAAUUUCUCCUUCCUGGGCUCUUUCGAGUGAAGAAACAAAGAUCUUGGUGGUCGGAUAUUUUCAUGAAGGGCAAUCUAACCUGGCAAAGUCUAAUUUGUUUUGCAUCUGUGGAAAUGCUUGUACUCGUGCAGAACCUGUCCAAAGUGGCGUAUUUCGUUGUGUGGUCUCCCCUCAAGCACCAGCUUUUGUAAACCUUUUUUUGAGCUUUGAUGGUCAUACACCCAUAAGCCAAGUUGUGAUGUUUGAGUUCCGUGGACCCAUUGUCGAUAAUCCUGCAAUCUCAGAGGAGAGGUCUAGUUGGGAAGAAUUUGAAGUUCAGAUGAGACUUGCUCAUUUGCUUUUCUCUACAUCUAGGAGCUUUAACAUUUUAUCAACCAAGGUAACACCAACUGCCUUGAAGGAAGCCAAGAAUUUUGCUCGCAAGACCUCACAUAUAAAAAAUCACUGGGAAUUUUUGACAAAAUCAAUAAAGGCCAAGGAAAUCUCUUUCCCAGACGCCAAGAACUGCUUGUUUGAACUGACUUUGCAAAACAGGUUAUUGGAAUGGUUGUUGGAAAGAGUAGCGGAAGGGUGUCAAAUCUCUGAACGUGAUGAACAAGGCCUAGGUGUAAUACAUUUGUGUGCUAUCCUAGGUUAUACUUGGGCUGUCUAUCCAUUUUCAUGGUCUGGCUUAUCAAUAGAUUAUCGAGAUAAGUUUGGAUGGACAGCUCUUCAUUGGGCUGCAUAUUAUGGAAGGGAGCCAAUGGUUGCAAAGCUUCUAACUGCUGGAGCAAAGGCAAAUUUGGUGACAGACCCGACUUCAGAAAAUCCUGGUGGAUUCACUGCUGCUGAUCUUGCAUCUAAAAAUGGUCAUGAGGGUUUGGGGGCAUAUCUUGCAGAGAAGGCAUUGGUUCAACACUUUCAGGAUAUGACCUUAGCUGGAAAUGUCAGUGGUUCACUUCAUACUGCCAAAAGUGAUUCAGUAGAACCUGGAAACUUCAGUGAGGAUGAGUUGUAUCUAAAGGAUACUCUAGCAGCCUACCGCACUGCUGCUGAUGCUGCUGCACGCAUACAGGCUGCAUUCAGGGAGCACUCCCUCAAGGUUCAAACUCUAGCAGUUGAGUCUUCUAAUCCAGAGAUUGAAGCACGUAAUAUAGUUGCAGCUAUGAAGAUUCAGCAUGCUUUCCGUAACUUCGAGACAAGGAAAAAGAUGGCUGCUGCUGCUAGGAUUCAACACAGGUUUCGUACUUGGAAGAUGCGAAGAGAUUUUCUUAACAUGCGUCGGCAAGCCAUUAGAAUUCAAGCUGUAUUCCGGGGAUUUCAAGUCCGGAAGCAAUACCGAAAAAUUAUAUGGUCAGUUGGAGUGCUUGAGAAAGCAAUUUUGCGCUGGCGCUUGAAGAGGAAAGGCUUUCGUGGGCUUCAUGUUAAUCCUGAUGAAGUUGUCAAUAAUCAGAAGGAAGAAAAUGAUGUGGAGGAGGACUUCUUCCGGGCAAGCAGGAAACAAGCUGAGGAGCGUGUUGAGAGAUCUGUUGUCCGAGUACAAGCAAUGUUCCGCUCUAAGCUUGCCCAAGAAGAGUACAGGCGGAUGAAGCUUGCUCACAACAACGCAGCGCGGGAAUAUGAGGAGUUCGAAAAUCCUGAUGGGAUGAGACAAGACUGAGUGGCAAGCCUUUUCUUUGGUUUAUAUCAUUAGCACAAGAAGAUAUGAUGGCUUCAGUAUUGCAAGUGGAGCUUGGGUUGAAGUAGCACCAAUAUAUGUACAUCUUGUAAAUAUUGUAGUUUUAAGACGAUGCUGGAUUGUGACCUUUUUUUUUCACGUUUUAUGGAAAUGAGGGUCAUACUGUCCAUUUGCUUUUUCAAGUAUUGGAAGCCGUUGAGGCUGCUUGGAAGAUUGCUGUUAUUAGCUCUUUCCAUCCUGAUGUUUUGGUCUUACCUGGAAACUAGAUUCCAGAGGAUGUAGUAUCCAGAGAAAACUCUAAUGCCCUCUUACAUUGAACUGAUUGAAGUGUCUAUGGGUGCUGCUGCUCCUAUUUGGUGUUAGUUAUGGAGACCAUGGGUGCUGAUGAUAUUGGUGAA